AUGGCGCACCUGCAGCCGCGCGCCGCCACCAGCUCCAAGGAGAGAGUCGCCAGCCCCGAGUCCGCCGUCGGCUCCCCGGAGUCGGACAGCCUGGACCUGAUCCUGGACGCGAGGAAGUCGGCGCUGCCCUCGCGGCGCACGCUGGCCGUGCCGCACCAGAACCUCAACAACAACAUCCUCAAGAGGCCCCGCCAGCCGCCACCGCGCCGCGGCGCCGGUCGCCUCGCCAACGGCGCCAACGGCAAGGCGCUGUCCCUGGCCUCGUCCGGCGCGUCGUCCGACCAGGAGGAGGCCGUGCCCCUCACCAAGAAGCCCUUCGUGGUGCGCCGCCGGUUGCGCGCCGACGACCCCGACGACGAGGACGUGUGCUUCGACCUGUCCGUGGACGCCGCCCUGAGCCGCAGCGACGACGGCAGCGCCGACGAGGCCGUGGCGGCGGCCAGCGGGGCCAGCAGCGCCGAGGACGAGGACCGCGAUGACGAGGACCGGCUGUCGGGCCACGGCGGCAUCGCCUCCCUCGGCUCCGGGGGCGGCGGCGCGUCGCCGUUUGGUUCGGCGGGCCACCACCACCACCACCACCAUAGGACGGCGUCGGGCGGCGUGGGGGCCACCGCCAACAUGACCCCCAACCCCCACCACGCCACCGACUUCCAGCCCCCUUACUUCCCGCCGCCCUUCCCGCCCCCGAGCCACCACCACCACCAGGCUACGUCGCCGGCCGCGGCGCAGUCCCACCAGCACCAGCUGGACUACCUGUCCGUGCCGGACCCCUACUCGCAGACGCUGACCACGCUGCACCAGACGGCGCAGCAGGCCGCCGCCGCCGCCCACCACUACAACCAGCUCACCGCCGCCGUGUCGCAGCGGAGGGACUCGGACUCGCUGCACGUCACCAACAUGCACGCCUCCUUCCCCUACGAGCCGCCGCGGUCGCGCGACUACAGCGUGAGCCGGCGCGGCGACCUCAUGGUGGCGCACCCCCUGGAGCAGGACAUCGGCCUGCACGGCUCGCUGGGCAGCGACGACAACCAGGUCUCCACCAACAACAUGAUGGCCCAGUGCAACACCUUCUCCAUCCAGAGGCAGAUCCAGGAGGUGCUCAAGGAGGCCGUCGUCUACGAUGGGAAUACCAACGUCGAGGACGGCGGAGCCUUCAUCGGGGACCUUCCACUAUUGAAAAGCAUGAAACGGCACGACAGCGAGAAGGGCUCCUUCAUGUCUGGCGCCUCGUCCGCAGGGGAUGUCUUCUGCUCCGUGCCCGGCCGCCUGUCGCUGCUCUCCUCCACCUCCAAGUACAAGGUGACCGUCGGCGAGGUGCAGCGGCGGCUGUCCCCGCCCGAGUGCCUCAACGCGUCCCUGCUCGGCGGCGUCCUCCGCAGAGCCAAGUCCAAGAAUGGAGGCAGGUUACUACGAGAGAGGUUGGACAAGAUCGGUCUGAAUCUUCCCGCUGGUCGGAGAAAGGCCGCCAACGUGACCCUGCUGACGUCGCUCGUGGAGGGCGAGGCCAUCCACUUGGCGCGAGACUUCAACACGGUCUGCGAGACGGAGUUCCCCGCCCGGCAAGUGGCCGAGUACCUCAGCAGGCAGCACACCGACCCCUCGGACUCGUACCGACGCAAGGAGCUCAUCCACGCCACAAUCCAAAUGACCAAAGAGCUGGUGGACCUGCUGAACAAGGACAGGUCACCGCUGUGCAACACGCGGCCGCCGCUGCUCCUCGACGCCAGCAUCCAGCGCCACCUCACCCACUUCUCCCUCAUCUCGCACGGCUUCGGCUCGCCCGCCAUCGUGGCCGCCCUCACCGCCUUCCAGAACUACCUGUCCGAGUCCAUGAAGACGCUGGACAAGAGCUUCCCCGGCCAAGGCGCAGGCAGCCUGACGGACAGCAAGCCCAAAGACCUCGCGGGGGGCGACCUCAAGAAAUGAGUGUGGCCGCGGUCGCGACGGGGAGGUGCGGCGACCCCGGCGCCCUCGUCCA